GUUGGUGGGGUAGAAUUAAGGGAGCACACUUCCUGGAGCUGCUGCCUGCAACAACUAAGGGAAAAAAACAAAAGUAUAUAAUGGAAGCAGUCUCAGAGUCGUCAUUUUAAUGUUAUGUCCGCGAGUCAAAUCGAUUCUCUGAGUUUUAAAUGUUGAGGAAAUCAAUAACCCCUGCCAUGUCUCGAGCCACUAGUACAGGUGGGGUGCACCGCAGUCUACGGCGGCGACGGGCUGGCAUACCAGGCCAGCAAGCGGCCUAGUGUCAUAUAUAGCUAGCUAACUUGCUGAAUUAAUUUUGCCAACAAACGUCGUUGGCGUCCAUGAUAUGGCAAUUGAAAAUUGUAUGUUUUCAAAUUGUUCGCUAACUAGUUAGCCAAUCGUCGACUUUUUAACUAGAUACAGUAGCUAGCUCAGUUAGUUACCAGCUGGCUGUGUAUGUUUGUACUGAGCUGGCUAACUAGCUAGCUAACACAGCUUGUGUUAGGUCCGCCAGUGUCUUGGCAAGUUGUGUCAUGCAAUAUACAUUUUUUGCUGUUCCUUCGAGUGCGCGCGUCAUGCAUGUUUUAACUAUUUAUUUAUUUAUUUGAUUUUAGAACAUCUUGGUUUUAAUGAGUAACGUUAGUUAGCCAGUUAGCAAUGUCACUGUCUUCCGCCGAUAUGCUUGAAACUCCACCUGGAUAUCCCUUUGAAGAAAUAGAUUAUGAGGAUAUUGAAGUUGAGGAGGUUGUGGGGAGAGGCGCUUUUGGUGUUGUCUGCAAGGCCAAAUGGAAAGGCAAAGAUGUCGCAAUCAAGACAAUAGAGAGUGAAAGUGAAAGGAAAGCAUUCAUAGUUGAGUUGCGGCAGCUUUCACGUGUGAAUCACCCCAACAUUGUGAAGUUGUAUGGCUCAUGCAAUAAUCCAGUCUGCCUGGUGAUGGAAUAUGCUGAAGGGGGGUCUCUGUACAAUGUGCUGCAUGGUGCUGAACCCCUCCCCUAUUACACUGCCUCCCAUGCCAUGAGCUGGUGUUUUCAGUGUUCCCAAGGGGUCGCCUAUCUCCAUGGCAUGAAACCAAAGGCUCUCAUUCACAGGGACCUCAAACCACCCAACCUGCUCCUUGUUGCCGGUGGCACCGUGCUGAAGAUAUGUGACUUUGGAACCGCGUGCGACAUUCAGACCCACAUGACCAACAACAAGGGAAGUGCAGCUUGGAUGGCCCCUGAGGUGUUUGAAGGCAGCAAUUACAGUGAGAAGUGUGAUGUGUUCAGCUGGGGCAUCAUUCUCUGGGAGGUGAUCACGCGCAGGAAGCCCUUUGACGAGAUCGGAGGGCCGGCCUUCCGCAUCAUGUGGGCCGUGCACAACGGCACCCGGCCACCGCUCAUCAAGAGCCUUCCCAAGCCCAUCGAGAGCCUGAUGACCCGCUGCUGGUCCAAAGACCCCUCCCAGAGGCCCUCCAUGGAGGAGAUAGUCAAGAUCAUGACCCAUCUUAUGAGGUGCUUCCCAGGAUCUGAUGAACCCUUGCAAUACCCUUACCAGUAUUCAGAUGAAGGACAGAGUAACUCGGCCACGAGCACAGGUUCCUAUGUGGACAACACUUGCACUAGCAACAAGAGUGACACAAACAUGGAGCAUGGGGAUUCUCAAGGGAGCAACGACACCAUCAAGAUCACACCUCAGUUUGCACAUCAGUUCAGGCCAAAGGGAGACCCAUCGCGAAGCCUGCCUCUGUCCAGAGGCGGCAGUGUUGAGAGCCUGUCGGGGCGAACCCACAGCCUGCUGUCCUCGGAGAGCAAAAGAAUGAGCGCAGACCUGUCAGAGCUGGAGCACAGGGUGCCUUUCGCACCCGCAGCACGUCCCCAGUAUAAACGAGGCCACCGUAAAACGGCGUCAUUUGGCACCAUUCUGGACGUUCCCAAGAUCGUCGUCACAGCCACCUGUGAGGCGCAGAGACGUAGAUCAGUACAGGACCUCCCAGGGAUCGGCACAGAGUCCAGCCAGGUGAGCAGGAACAGCAGCAGGUCCUCCAGUCCCAGUGUGAGGAUGAUGCCGCCUGAUAAGACCAGCAGCAGAGGUUACAGCUUCUCUCCCGAUGACCCCACAGAUACCAAUGGCUCAGACAACUCCAUUCCCAUGGCAUAUCUCACUCUGGACCACCAGCUGCAGCCCCUCGCUCCUUGCCCAAACUCCAAAGAGUCCAUGGCUAUGUUUGAGCAGCACUGUAAAAUGGCCCAGGAGUACCUGAAAGUGCAGACAGAAAUUGCCUUACUGAUCCAGAGAAGGAAAGAGUUGAUUGCUGAACUGGACCAAGAUGAGAAGGACCAGCAGAACACGUCCCGCCUGGUCCAGGAGCACAAGAAGCUGCUGGAGGAGAACAAGUCUCUGUCCACCUACUACCAGAAGUGCAAAAAGCAGCUGGAACUGAUCCGUGCCCAGCAACAGAAGAGACAGGGCACCUCAUGAUGGGACACAAGCUGGCCCCCACCUGGAUCAUGCUGCAGAGCACAAACAAACUGUCCUCAUGUCAUAUCCCCUGUUCUCCUCCCCUGUCCCUGUUCUGUCCUGGGUCACCAGUAGUCUAGUUUGAAAUCCAAACCCUACCUGCAAAAUAAUUGACACUAUCUCUCCUUUUCUCUCUGCCCCAUGACAACUAUGAUCUCAACAUAGGUGCCCACGCCUGCACCCUGUAGGUUCCAGUGGAUCUUGAUUUACCUUGUACUGUAAAGAGACCUGUGUUUUACUGUGUACCUGCAUGUUGCGUUAUAGACGCACCCUGCUGAUAACAUCGAACGGAAUAUGAGGUGUGCACUCAAUCAGGCUGUUAUGGAUUGUCUCACACAUCUUUACAGUAUAUUCUUUGAUAGCAGACGAAAACAAUCAGCAUGCAUCUGCCCUCUCUGCCCUUAAAGAGCUGGAGUCCUGGGGUUGUCUGCCCUGGGCUCAGUGAACACACAGGACAGAGUUGUGGGCUUCUAGGCCUUGAUUGUCAGCCAUCCUUUUGGUCAGGAUGUGAUGCUUCUUGAGGUGUGUGAGUGCAGUACAGUAACUGGUGCUGCUUCUUGAAUUAUGUGAGCACAGUAACUGCUGAGCCUGAUGGGAUGGGGAGGCCAGUGAGGGGUGUGAAAUAUGUUUGUCACUAUUGCUCUCAGGGCCCCUCGGACCAUCCCCUGGGCUGCCUGGUCAGUGUGUGUCCGCCUCUCCUCCCACAGUCCAGUCCUCCCAUUGGUUAGUUUGACCCUGACCUGUCCUCCUGACUGGCCAAUGGCCAUGUGUCCUUGAGAAUGUGAAAAACAAAGAUGGUCUAGACAAAGUGUGAAUUAUGUGCAGAAGUUGGUGUUUUAAUGAAUUAUGAGCCGAAUCAGUUUCAGACUUCUAUCUUUGAUCACUAAGUUGUAAGUUUUUUUUUUUUACCCUUUUAUGCAAAAAUAGCCACCCUUGUAUCUAUGUAAUGUAGGUAUCUCUGUUCUCAACCCUAUUUUUUUCAUGUGAGCAUGACCUCUUACAGAAGAAAUCCACCACAACCUAUCUGAAAGUAUUUAAUGUAUUUUGUAUUCAUUUUAACGGGGGAUGUAUUUUAGAUAUGCCUUGCACAGCCAUGAUGUCUGUGGAUAAUAAAGGAAUGACUUGGCUUGUUACAGGUACCUGGGUAGAAACGUGGGUUGGGCCUCAAACAGAGAUUCCAUAUUUAGAGUCUGCUUUCAACAACAAAAAACACACAAGCAAAGACAGACUUCUUUUCUCAACCUGUUGAAUUAAAAGAAACUAUGUACGAGGUUCAAAGUGAAACGUUUAUCAUGACUUCAUUUUGUGUUUCCAGUUUUUUUUUGUUCUAUCUGUUUGGGUGUUAGGAAUUAUACUUUUAUCUGGUAUGGGAAUGCAGAGAUAUACAAGAAAGAGGCCUAUCCCUCGCCUAUAUGUAUUUUGUUUUUAGUUCACGUUGCCUUAGAAUUUGAUUCCUAGAUUUUUUAAAGUAUUGUACAUGUUUUUUGUUCCUUAAUUGAGGGAGGGGUGAAGUUGUUCACCUGCGCCUCAUUCUAAUGUAAUGGACAGUCAGUGAGAAUGGUAUGACUUUUGUUUUGGGGGAGAAUUGUAUAUUAUGCCAAUAGUUUCACAGGAGGCUGAUUGUCUGGUCAAAUGAAUGUCAAUAGGCUGCAAAGGAAAUCAUUAAAUCUGUCACUGCUUUUCCCAAUGAAUAGAAUGAAUCCCAAUAGCUUUAAGUAUCCAUGCAAAAAUAAAGUUUAUAAGAGAACUACACUUACAAUGAGAAAUGAUCUUACUUUGAAAUGUUGUCUUGCUGUUUCAUUUGACCAGACCUGACUUAGCUACUACAGUCCUUCAAAUGUUUUGCACAAUCCUCUGGUUUUACUGAAUACAUGUAACUAACUGUUUGGGUCUUGUACUUCAAAGUAUAUAUUCUGAUGAUGUACAAGAGAGAUGACAGGUGAAAUUGUGUAAUGGUUCAUUUGCUGCAUUGAUAUCCCUAGUCUUUCCCUUUAAAGUUAUGUUCACAAUAUAAUUUUACUAACCAUUACUGUAUAUAAAAUGUUUCUUAAACUAUUGGGAACAGGUAUGUGCCUGAGAGGGAGGCAUCAUGAAAUAAACUGAACAGGGAGAAAUUGUA